GCUCCACACACCCGAGAGUGCGUAGGGAGCUUGAAACACUGUCAACAACAUGGCUGAAUUUCCUCACGUUGGAAAGCAGUGCAGUGUUGAUACUUGUAAACAAUUAGAUUUUCUCCCAUUUGAGUGUGAUGGAUGUGAAAAGAUAUACUGCCUGAAUCACAGAACAAAGGAUGGACAUAACUGCUCCCGUAGUUGUGUUAAAGACAACCCUGUAGAGUACACAGGCGAGAAGGGCUUCACCUGUAUGCUGGAGAACUGCCACAGCAGGGAACUCACGCCUGUCCUGUGUCCUCACUGCAGCAGGAGCUUCUGUCUCAGCCACCGGCACCAGCAGGAUCAUCGAUGUGAGAAACUCGAUCUGUCUGUGAAGGUGUCCAAGACAGCAGAACAUGUCAAACAAAUACUUGAAUCAAAGAAAGGCAAAAUUGGCCCUCCCAAACAUCGAGGUUCCAAGAAUCCAAAGAUGGCAGCUAAAGUUGCCUUAAUGAAGUUGAAGCAGCAUGCAGUGGGUGAGAAGGGAAUCCCGGAGUGUGAGAAGAUCCACCUCUCAGUCCAGCUACCAGCAUCACAGACACACAAGGCCAUGUAUUUCUCUAAGAAGUGGACAAUAGGGAGAAUGAUUGACUUUGCUGCAUCAACAGCUGGUGUCACUAAUCUCAACAAUACCGCAGCCGAGAAGAAGCUGCGGCUGUUCGUGUCGGACUCUGGAGCGCUACUUCCGGUAGAGGUAUCUCUGGAGACCCUCCUGGAGGGUGAAGUUCAGUUGUACAAUGGGUCAUCAGUACUGCUGGAGAAUGUAACCCCCGACUGUCACAAUAUAUACGACCUACACUCAUAGCACUGUUGUACACUUGUAAAUAAAUAUUUGAAAUUG